ACAAGGCUUGACAUGUCCACUGUGUUUUGGUAUCUUCGACGAUGCAACCCUCUUGACCUCUUGCGGACAUACCUUCUGUCGACCCUGUCUCAGGAAAUAUGACCUAUCCCACCAGGAUCUUGAUCACAUGGUCUGCCCUCUCUGCAGGACAGUGACGAAGUUGUCCUCAAACCGGGUCGACGAUCUCCUCCCCAAUGUAACGGUCAACGGACUCGUGGACGACCACCGUGCCAGGUCUGGAGGGGGCAGUGCGAUACUGGAGAUGCGGCAAAGGUGCACUGUCUGCAACCUCCAGGUAGAGGCCAUCGCUUUCUGCAGUACAUGCGAUGCAUACAUGUGUGAUCAAUGCUGCGUUGGCCACAAACAACUGAAGCUGUUCUUCGAAGGUCAUGAGAUCGUAUCUAUCCAGGAUAUCGUUGAGGGAAAUUCUAAACCUGGUUACCCCUCCGAGAAAUGUUCCGUCCACAGACAAGAGAACAAACAUAUUUUCUGUCAGAAUUGUAAGAUACGCGUCUGUUUCAAGUGCGUCAUCAUCGAUCAUCGAGAUCACAAGAUACAAUCACAUGAAGACUUCGAAAAGGAAAUGCAGGUUAAGGUGAGUGAUCUUCUCCAUCGUUGUACAGCAAAGCAAUCAGAACUGGAGAAGAACAUUCAGACUGUGGAGACACAUCGUCAUGAAGCACACAGUGCUCUUCAGCUACUACGUGAAGAUGUCAGCCAAGCCUGUCAUACCAAGGUCAAGCAACUAGAAGAUAACCGAGGUGUACUCGUUGAGAAAAUCGAUGCACUGGAGCGUAGUUUUGAUGAAGCCCUCAACGUUGUCAAAUCGAAUGAUGAACAGAUGAUCAAGAGCAUUUGUAGUUCGGUAGAUCUUGUGGGUAAUGCUAGACUAGGAUGUCUUGAGGCGGACAGUCUGGUUGCUCACACGUUCCUUUGCGAAGAGAUCGAUGGCUUGCUAAAUGAGGUUAUUGAUCAAACCUCUGCAGCAACCAUACGGGAGAAGGCACAGAAGCAGAUAUUCAAGCCUGCAGAUGACACCAGUCUUGACCUUGGGGAUAUCUCAGAAACAGAUGUUGAGGCUGCACUGGAUGACAUGCUGAAGGGUGCUUCCGAUGACACUUCUGCAGCAACCAUAGGUGAGGAAGCCCAUAUUGCAGAAGAGGAUAUCACGACAGGGCUAUCCGUUCCACAGUCUAAAAGUCAACCGAAAGUCUGUGUCAUUAAGUGUGUAGAUCUACCUGAAGAUUUUGAGGCGAUGACAAAAUACACUAAUAACUCAGUGGCAAUCACAUAUUAUUAUGCACAUUACAUUAAUAUCUUUUAUUCAGAUGAAAAUGUACGUAGGAAAUAUUCCAACAUUCCACACGAUAUGAAAUGUUUUGAUCUUGUCUUUCAAAGUGACAUGACUAUAUGCGUAUCUACAGGUAAAACAAAGGUACACAGGUAUUCUCCCCAGGGCGUUCGGGAAUCUACUAUUAAAGUGACAAGCAAUGGACAUUAUUUGCGGUUGAGUAGGAGUCAAUCAGAUGAAAUUCUCAUGACCCAAUCUUCAAAUCAUGUCUCCAUCUACGACCCCUCGGGAAACACACUCAAACACGUUGUGCCAACAACAGACAAAAUCGCUCACCAGGUAUGUGCAACCAAGUCGGGUUUGAUAGUCACAAGUUCUUUUUAUCGCAAUCAAGGUGACAGUCCAACUAUGGUGGCGGUCUAUGACAGGAAUGGGAAUUCCGGGAGGUAUCUACAAUCUCCACACGGUGUCAACCUGUAUCCCGCCGUGGACGAGCAGGACAGGGUGUAUGUAGCGAGUGUUUAUCGGAAUACUGGACAAGUGUUGAUCAGGCUCUAUGACAUUGUUGGUCUGAGGCUUAAUGAGAGAGGCCAGUUUAAUACCCUGCGCUUGACAGUAGAUCGUACAUAUUUUCGAAUGGUUUCUCUCACUCCACACAUGCUUGCGUUUGCUUCUAUCAAUAAGCUCUAUUUCUGUAAAGUUGUAUUGUAAUUGGUUCUGUUUGCUUCCUUGGCAACUUUCAGUACACACGUUCAAUGUCAAGAGCGUCAAACAUAAUCAUGCCAAUAACGACUUCCUCCACGUAUUUUUGGAGAUAAACAGUUAGUAAUGUUGCGGUUGGAUGACCUAAAGUCACGAAGAUUAUAUUAAUAUGAUAAAUAAUGAUAAUGAAAUAUUGAUAGAAAAAUGUUUGGUUCUUGUACUGCGCUCAUGUCUGCCAGACCUGACCGUCCUGGUGCUCAACCAUUAUUACCCCGGCUUUAGCAUGACUGCCAUUACGGCGCUCUAGCAUUUCAAGUAAUCAUUUCCUACCAUGUACUCAUUUACCACACCUGGGUCGAGUGAGGCAAAUUUUGAUAUAAGUCUUAACAAAUGUCAUUGGUGUCGUGGCGGGACUUGAACCUAGAGAUGCACAGACUAAUAACUUAUCCACUAGACCACGACACCUCGAAGUGCAAUGGAAGUACAAUAGUUGACACUCACACGUGGAGAGUUGUGAAAUACUUUUGCCAUAUAAUGAGUGAGAAUCAAGAUUUGAAUAUAUUUUUUAAAAAAUGUUCUGAAGUACAUGUGUGCCAGGAGGCAUACGGAUAUGCCCGGAGGAACACUCAUGGCAUAUUUUUGAUGGGCACCUGCCCCUUUGUACCCCCGUGGAUCUAGCACUUCCAUUGCAAACAAGACAAUAUGAUAUUUAAAAUAAAAAUAAAUACAAUAUUAUGUAAAUGUAUGUGUGUAAAUACAUGAGGUAGAAAAUCAAAUAUGAUAAUGUAAAUGUUUGUGUUUAAAUAUAUGAGGUAGAAAAUGAAACAAAUUCACACCAAGAACAAAUAUUUUUGUUUGUAUUGAGUGUUCCCGGUAAGAAGUUUAACGUUACCGUCUGACAGUCAUGCUAUGAUGGUGUAUGAAAGUGUAAGCAAACAGUUACAAAUAUGACCUUUGUAUAGGCAGCUGAAGGAUUUGUAUACAUGUAAAAAUAUCUUACAAUAAACCGAGUGUUUGAUUGAAAUUAUAUGCAUAUCUGUAUAAAUAUCUAUCUCAUAUAUAUAUAUAUA